GACGGGCCCCCGAAUUAAUCCAAGUUCCGUAAACACUCGCGGCCUCUCCGUAAUGAUAACUCUUUCUAAUUAAAUAACGCCAUUCAGAAUCAUCUAAGCGACGUAAACACUGUAACAUAUAGUUUUUCGUAAUUCUACUAAAAAUCUGAAAAUACGAGUCUAUAAAUACGAAGAAUUACCGUUUUAAUUUCAUCACUGAGCUCUUCAUGAUAGAUGAAGAUAGCUGACGACACGCUGCAACUACUUUCUUCAAUCUAUCCGAUAGUUCACUCGUCGACAUUGAAUGCUCCAAAUAAAACGUUAGGUUUAUAAAUAAUGACGUACGCACUACGAAUCAAUAGGUUUCCCAUUCGGGAUAGACUCACACGAUCAACUAGCCACGUGUACUGGAGCACCGAGAGUCUCUAUAAAAAGCAACGAUUCUCCCUUUGGAAUAUCUCAGUCUUAUAAUUAGACUGACUCUUCGCGGUGGUAAACCAAGAAACGUACCUACUCGGUGAACAGGGCUGAGCAUUCUACUUGUUAACUCAAACUGUGCACAGAGUCGUACGAGUUCAAUAACGAGAGGACUCAGAUGAUUUUCAUAAGACUAGAUUUUCAACUCGAGAGUCAUUUUAUCUGGCUUGUACGAAACUUCAGAUUAUUUACCAUAAGCACAGCUCAAAUAUUCCACAGCUCUGUGCUGGAGUGAAAAUAAUGAUGGUAUAUAUCAAAUAAAUCAAUAGUAAAUAAUGACUACGGUCGGGAUCAACGGAUUUGGUAGAAUAGGUAGAAUGUGCCUGCGAGCAUGUCUUGAGAAGGGACUUGAGGUGAGACAUCUGAAUGAUCCGUUCAUCACGACGGAUUACAUGGUCUACCUUUUCAAGUACGAUUCGACUCAUGGCCAGUAUCCUGAACAUGUUGACUGCGAAGGGGAUGCAUUGCUGAUAGGUGAGCGACGGAUAUCAACGUCGCAGGAAAAAGAUCCUUCGAAGAUCAAAUGGAAGGAUCUGGGUGUGACAUUCGUCGUCGAGGCCACUGGAGUGUUCACUACCUUGGAGAAAGCGAGUUUGCAUAUAGAUGGGGGUGCCAAGAGGGUUCUGAUAACCGCACCAUCCAUCGACGCACCCAUGUACGUUUUCGGCGUGAAUCAUCGCUGCUACGAUCCGAAAAAGGGACACGUCGUAUCGGCCGCUUCGUGCACGACCAACUGCGUCGCGCCAAUUGUCAAAGUGAUGCACGACAAGUUUGAAGUGAUCGAGGCAAUGAUAACGAGCGUGCACGCAACGACCGCCGCACAAAAAACUGUGGACGGACCAACGGGAAAAUUGUGGCGCGACGGCCGAGGGUGCCUUCAGAAUAUCAUCCCCACGUCGACCGGUGCUGCAAAGUCACUAGGGAAAAUAAUUCCCGAACUGAAAGACAAAGUUUCUGCCAUAGCGUUUCGCGUUCCCGUGCCGAACGUUUCACUGUGCGACAUUACAUUCAGGGUCAACAAGCCUACGACGUACGACGAAAUCAAGAAGACCGUGAAGGAAGCGACGGAAACUGAAUUCAAAGACAUCAUGGCCUACACGGAAGACGACUGUGUUUCAUCCGAUUUUAAUCACACGACGUAUUCCUGUGUCUUCGAUGCGAAAGCCGUCAUUCCGCAAACGAGCACGUUUAUAAAAGUCAUCGCCUGGUACGACAACGAGUACGGAUAUGCUCACAGAAUAGUGGACUUGCUCAAGUAUAUGAAUGAGCCUGAUUCUAAAAACGUGCAUCAGGUAGGAGAAGAUGAGGAUGACGACUGAGUCCAUAUCGCCUUCCACUAAAUGUUCUUGUAAUCUUGGAAGAAAUAAAAGGAGAGGAAAGCACUGAGUGUGAAUAUAUGUAGUUAAAAUGUUAUAUCGCAAAGAGGAAUAAAAACGGAUACUGGAUAUUGAUAUG